UGGCUUUUCCCGCUGCCGAGAGGUCAAGAUGGGGAAGGGGACGCUUUCACUGUAGAUGCCCCGACCGAAUGCUCGGCGCCUCAGCCCGUCGGCUCUCCGUGUGCUUUUGCAUUUUUAAAAAUUGCGCUGACGGCGCUGCUCCGAGAUGUCCGUGGCGGAGCCGCGCGGCGAGCUGAAUCUUGUCGAAGAAGAGAAAACAGUUGACAGUGAUACUGACAGUGGUAAAGGAAGUUGUGGAAUGGACUCCCUGCACUCCAACAAGGAAUUGAGUCAUUUUAAUGGAGACUCGGAUGAGGAAAUUUUUGCCUGCAAAAAGGUGAAGAGAAAACCUCUACAAGACAGCGACUGUGAUGAAGAUUUAAGUAAUGCAAAAAAUGUUAGCAGUUCCAAGUUGGAUAGUGCGACUGAUGAUGAGGAGCAAAACCAGAACAGCAAUGCUGUAGAUAAACACAAAAGCAAAAAGUUACAUCGAGUUCGGAGGGUGACAAUGAACAGUGGUGAGAGUGACUCUAAUACUGACAGUGACUGCCAAGCUACGGUAACAAAACCCUAUUUUUUGAGCAGUGAAGAUGAAGCUGAAGACUUACAACCUGGAAGUUCUCAGUUAGAUCGUUCUUCAGGUAGUCAAGAAAUUCAUAAAAGUUCAAUGUUUCAUGAAGAACAAGCAACUCAAAAGAACAAAUCCCAGCGAUCACGAGACAAAAAGAAGAAACAACUAGAAACAAUUGAGAAACUGAAAAGAAAAAAGAAACAAAAAAAGCAGGAAGUGUCUGCAGAUUUGAAGACUGCAGAUGAUAGCGGGUGUCUAUUAAACAACAGUGAUCUGUUUGAGACCGAAAUGGAUGAUGAGAAUGAACUCAUUGGAGAAGAACAUGUGUUUUCGUUAGAUGCCAUACGAACAGCAGUGAAAAAGAAAGCAAAGCAACCUAAAAAUCUUGGUCCUUCUGAAAAUCUCCAUGACUAUGAAGAGCAAGGACAUAAAGAUGGGAAAAAGGUACGAACAGAGAGGAAAGCAGCAAAAAUGAGUAAGGAGGCAAUGCGCCAGAUUCACAGUGAAACACAACGAUUGUUGCGAGAGGCAAAUUUAUCUUUGCCUUAUCAUCUGCCAGAGCCACAAACCAUUCAUGAUUUCUACAAGAAACGUCCACGACCAGCCUGCCAAGGAGGUGCUAUGUCGUUGCUCAAAUCAGCGAAGUACCAACCUUGCUUACAGCAGGAAACAACUGAUUCCACAACAACGGCUGAAACAUUAAAUGGCAUCCCUCAAGAUGAUAUGCCACUCAAUCAAUUGGUGCCACUCAAUAAAGUAUCCGUUUCUACAACAAAUCCAGAAGUAGAAGAAUCCCAUGUAAAUAAUUUGGAUAAUAAAGAAAAUACUUGCCCCAGCUGGUCUGGGAGUGAAAUCCAUAUUGAAAAGAGUGAAGGACAGACGGAAAUGGUCAAACAACUGAAUUUCUCCACUGACGUAGAAAGUGUAGGAAAAGAUUAUGAAAUGCUCGAACAUAACACAGAAUCUGAUCAUCACUCUUCCUCUUUAAAACUAAUUGAGGAAAAUGUGCCAAAUGAAAACCUUGCAAAUAUGUCUGAGGAUCCUCAAACUGAAAAGGUAACAACUGAAGGCACAGUAAAGCUCUCCAGUGAUGCAGAAGAAGGACAGCAGCAGUUGGAAACAGCUUCAAUGAACAAGCAAAGAAAAUCCAAAUUGGAUAAAUUACGUGGGCUGGGAGUGGAUCUAACAUUGAAACCUCGCCUUUGUGCUGAUGAAGGUGCUUUUGUGAACUUGGAGGAGCCCAAAGUAAACAAAGAGCUUCAAGCAUUAAAGGAGCGUUUCCUUAAACAUGGCAUCAAGUCUGCUAAACAAAACCAAGAACGGCGUGUUGAGCUUAACAUUGUUCGGAAAGCAAUCACUGCUGAGGGGAAGGAGGAGCUCAAAGCAGAUUCCGUAACAGUGACUUUGGGCAAGAAGGAAGUGGAAGAAUUUGUACCAACAAAACCAGGGGAGAAACUGCAGGCUUUGAAAGCCAAACUCCAGGAAGCCAUGAAAUUACGGCGGUUAGAAGAGCGCCAGAAACGACAGCUCUCCAAACUUAAUGACGAGGAAGAUUUUGAGGAUGAAGAUGAAGAGGAUGGGGAAGAAGAACUGACAGAGUCUGAAGAAGAAGAGUCUGAGACUGUAGAAUUACUUCUUGGUGAUGAAGAGGAGCCAGCAGGAGAAGUAGAUAAUGAUUCUCAAUCUACUGAUACAACACAGAAUCCAGAAGCAGCGACCCAAAAUGAAUCUACACCAAAAGCUGUCAUGUCAGAUUUUUUACAAUCCAUAAAUUCUGGUACCAGUUCUUCUUCUAAAACUAGUGAACAGACUUCUGGCAACAAAUUGAGGCUGCAUCUGCAACAGACACCACCCAAAGGAGAUAGCAAACUUGAUGAAGAUGAUUCCAUCUCCCAGGCAUCCACAACAAAGGACAAUAGCCACAACAGUAGCUUUGAGCUAAUUGGAUCAAUGAUUCCUUCAUAUCAACCAAUUAACAAACAGCCUGGCAGAUUUGGAAUUGCUAUGCACGGAGGAUUCCGAUCACCAUCACCUAACCUCUUUAAUCCAAAUAGUCAGUUCAAAACAAGCUUCAUUAGUUCAGCAUCAAAGAGUUCUGGGAAGCUGUCUGAGCCUUCUAUGCCAGUAGAAGAUUCACAAGACUUGUACAAUGCAUCUCCAGAUCCCAAAAAUUCAGCUGGUGAAUCUCAGUUCAGGUUCUCUCUUGAAGAUGAAACACAAAGUCAGUUACUUGAUUCAGAUGGGUUUCUGAAUGUGGGCCAUCACAGCAAUCAGAGGCAGCCAUUAAAGCGACAACUGAUCUUGGACAGUAUGGAUGAAAACGCAAUGGAUGCCAAUAUGGGAGAGUUGUUGGGUCUUUGUUCAGGAGAAUUUAAAUCUCAAAAUCUUGAUACGCUAAAAGAAAACAAAGAGAAAGAAAAUAUUGAUGAGCUACUUGGACUUUGCUCCGGCAAAUUUAUUUCUCCAGCAGAUUCAUUGUCUUCCAUCACUUCCACUGUAAAGCAACAAAAAGACACAACCACAGUAUCUGAUGAUCCUAUGAAUGAAGUGCUGGCUCUUUGUUCAGGUUCUUUUCCAACAGACAGGGAAGGUGAUGAAAAUGAAGAUGAUCAAUUUCAGCUGCUAACUGAUGAUGAAGCUUUUGAGAAUGAGGAUGAUGAAAGUGAAGAUGAAGAAAACAAAGAAGGUGAAGAAGAUGAAGAGGAACAAUUGGCUCAACAAAUAAAGAGAAAAAGCAAAUUAAAACUGGGAGACUUUGUAGAAGAUGAGGCUGAACUUUCUGGCAGCGACGUGGCAAGUGAUGAGGAAUAUGAUGCAGAAUCUGACGACUAUGAAGAAGAGGAAAUCGAGGAAGAACUGCCAUCAGAUGAGGAACUGCAAGAGCAAGUGAACAAAAUUCACAUGAAGGUGUUGAUGGAUGAUGAUAAACGACAGCUGCGUCUUUAUCAGGAACAAUACUUGGCCGAUGGGGACCUGCACAAUGAUGGACCAGGACGUGAACGAAAAUUCCGCUGGAAAAAUAUUAAUGAUUCUUCACAUGUUGACCAGUUUCAUGGAGAUUCUGAGGAUGAAACAAAUGAAGAGGAAGCAGAUGAGGCAGAAGUAAAAUGGCGGAAAGAUCGGUUUGAACGAGAGCAGUGGCUUCGUGAGAAGUCCCAGGAAGCAGAUAGUGAGGAAGAGGUUGGUGAAGAAAGCCAAUUCAUGAAGCUGGCAAAGAAAAUUACCAUCAAAGCUUUACAUAAAAGUAGUUCCAUGGAAGUGGCUCCAGCAAGAAAACAGCAGGAAUCAAUGGGAUUCAAGCCUCAAAAGUCUAUUUUUUGUAAAAAGAAUGGAUCUCUUCUAAACCAACCUCGAGAGGUCCUACAGAAGCUAGCAGCAAUAUCAGACGUGAAUCUAAAUGCUCCUCGUGCCAACUCCCGGAAUUUUGUCUUCCAUACACUAUCUCCAGAAAAGAAUGAUAUGAAAAGGAUAGAAUCAAAGCCACAGACAAAAAGAAAAGCAACUGCAGCUCCAAUCACCUCAUUAGCAAAGCAACCACGCACUGAAAAGACACAAUUAACUAGCACUCAUACUAGAAGUAUAUUUCGAUAUUUAGAGAAAUAAUUAUUGUAAUUAUAAUAUAGCUUUACUGUUAUUCAUUUUGUUAUUGUAAAUUAGAUGUGUUGUGCUUGUACAUGAUUAUAAAUGCUCUUACUAGAUUGUUUUAUCUGAGAAAU